AUGUCCAAGAUGUCUCUGCCUCGCCAGGGAACUCACAAAAAGUCUGAACACACAGACUCGGUCCCAAUCUCGACGUCUUCUGUGGACAUCGACACGUAUCGACGACUUCUCGCGGGUAUGGCAGAGACCUGCAGAAGUCUGCAAGCUCGCAUUCGCAUCCUGGAGGGGGACCUUGCAACGAGGUGCGAGCAGAAUCGGAGGCUACUCUGCAGUCCUCUACCUUCGCCGUCUCUAUCCAGCCCGCCUCAUCGGGAUGUCACGCAAGACCGGCCCAAGAAUGAACAUCGGCGACACUCUGCUCCUCAGUUGACGUUGGCCCCGAUACCGGAAUUAUUUGAGGAACCUGAGCCUCCGCAUCCACCUGAUCAAGAGCGAGAAAGUCGAGUGGAAAUAUGGACUUACCAUGACGAUCGAGCAUUACUGGAGAAAGCGUGGUUAUGGUACUAA